AUGCGCCACGGCGUGUACCGCCCGGAGCUGCACAUUAGAUCGUUGCAAGACGGGGAACUCCAGACAUCUCGGAAGAACAUGUUUAAAUAUCCCGACGACGAAGUGGUGGAUUCUCCUCAAUCUGUCAAGUCACAGCAGCCGAUUGAGGUGGCGGUGGAGAUGAAUUCUUUCUCGUCAGCGUAA